AUGGAGUCAGCUCGUCCCACACCAGCAGCUCCAAACCGAAGCAAAUUAUCUCAAACGCUUAAAAGAGCGAUUCUCUCCAAAAAACCCACGAAAAAUUCAUCGGCUUCCACCGGAUUCUGCCUUCCGAUAAUCGCCGACGGUAAGAAAGCAAGAUGUUUUUUCGAGUCCCACCGGAAGCACCUGGAGAGAGAGACCGCGGAGGCGGUGGAGGAGUCCAGGGCCAGAGCCUUUGUGGCCAGGCUCUUCGCCGCCGUCUCCUCCAUCAAGGCCGCCUACGCCGAGCUCCAGACGGCGCAGCUUCCGUACGACGCCGCCGCCGUGAAGACCGCGGACCAGGCGGUGGUUGACGAGCUGAAGUUGCUCUCAGAGCUGAAGCGGCGGUUCCUCAAGGACCAGAUCGGCUCCUCGCCGCCGCACAUAUUUACAGGGUUCGAUAGCCCCAGUUUUUCGAACGAGGGUGACAAUCGAUUUCCGGCCGGCGAAACUCGCCCGCGGCGGGCCUUCUUCGAGGAUUUCCGGCGUCUAAGGUCGGUGGGGGCGGCUGAGUAUCUCGAUCGGAACCCUGAUUCGGCCUUCGGCGAGUACCUGAGGUGCAAGUACCUGAAAUUGGUCCACCCUAAAAUGGAAUUUUCGUUUUGGGGGAACUUGAGCCGGAGGAAGACGGUAGGCUCCGGGGGUUUCCCGGCGGGGGAGUUCUUCGCGGCGUUCGCCGAGGUUUGCCGGCGGGUCUGGCUCCUUCACCGCCUGGCGUUCUCGUUCGAGGAGGAGGUCCGAGUGUUUCGGGUGGGUAAAGGUUCCAGAUUUUCCGACGUGUACAUGGACGGCGUUACCGAUGGCGGUGGCCGGGUGGCGUUCACGGUUGUGCCGGGGUUCGAGUUUGGCCGGACUGUGGUGCAGAGCCAGGUGUAUCUCUUCCCUCGGUAG